UCCAAAAACGAAAGUUUCACAAAAAAAGAAAGAAAUAAAACUUGCUACCCACGCUUAUAUAUCUCUCUCUUUUAAGGUAAGUGAAGAUAUACGGUAGAGACUCCACAAAUACAUCAACUUUUUAAUUUUGGUUUUUCUUGGUGUUUGUUAUUUGCAAUAAUGUUUCGGCUUCUCUCCAAGCUCUCCCCCCACAUUCACAAGAGGAGCGUUCGUUCGUUUUCAUCUUCCACGACCGGUCCGUAUUUGUCGCUUAGUGUCCGUGCAGGACCACCGUCGGAAGGCGUCUGCAACGGACAAGUAGAUUUGUACGACCCUGCGAAACAAGAGUUACUCAAGCUUACGGACAAAGCUAUUCCAGAAGAAAUCGUUACAGCCAAAUGGAUCGGAGUUUCCAAAGGAUGGGGAGUUCACUCUGACCCACAAGAGCGUUGUGUACUCCUCACCGACUUUUUGAACCCAUGGAAUUGCAAACCAAACCCCAAACUCUUGACUCUGCCUCCGCUUAACCCUCUGCUCGCUUGCCAAACUGAUGUGAUCUGGAACGUGGCAAUGUCCUGUUGUCCUGAUGACGAUGAGGACUGGGUUGUUGGCAUCAAGUCCUUGGGUGACCAGAUCAGUUUCUGUAGGCCCCGUCGUGACUUGCGUUGGACUAAGUUCCAGACCCCUUAUGACUACUUUCCAACCUCGAAUCUGACGUAUUCCAAGAGAGAUCAAAAGUUCUACUUGCCUGGUCCUGGAGGCCAUCACUUGUUAUCCUACGAUCUCCACUUCGACAAAGCCGGCCAGCCUGAGUUCCAUGAGUUGCAGUUCCGAAACUUUCCAGAGUCGUUCAAGUAUGACUCGGAGAUCUCGGAGCUGUUUCCUUCUUCUUGUAGGACAGAACGCUUUGUGGAGUCACCCUCCGGAGAUGAACGUUUCCUCGUCAAAUGGUACGCCAAGGGAUGUUUGGCUAAUUAUUCGAGUAGAAUAACAUAUGAAACGCAGCGCUUCAUGGUGUUUAGAGAAGAGGAAACUAUAGAAGGAAGAUUCAUGUGUUACACUGAUGACAUUGGAGAUUUGUGCAUCUUUGUUUCAAAGAGCGAGGCUUUUUGCGUCCCCGCAAGCUCUUUUCCUGGCCUUAAGCCAAACUCCAUCUAUUUUGUUGGCUUUGGCUUAGGCAUUUACGAUCUCACCACCAGAGAUGUCUCUACUUUUCAUGCUCCCAGACGUGCACUGAAUCAUAUUGUGCAACCUUACUGGUUUCCUCCAUCUUCUAGCUAGUUCUAGGAUUAAUUAGAUUGCUUUGUUUGCUUCGGUUUUACUCUCUCUCUCUGUCUCUCGACUUGCUGAGAUCUAAAUAUCUGUCAUCUAUAUAUGUUCCCUUUUGACUGUAUAAGUUUGUUAUGAUCAAUGGAAUAGUUCUUCUAUAAACAUUCUUUACAUACACAAA